AUGAGACUUCACUGGGUGCUAUCCCUGUUGCCUGCUGUCUACAGCAUCUUUGCUGGGCCACCCAGACCCAACACCGCUAAGAAUCUCGUCGAAACCUUUGACCAUUAUCCUGUCAACUCCACGAAAUCCAAACUGCUCAUCGGCAGAAACUCCACUGGUGACACCUGCAAACCAGAGCCAACGUCGCGAUACCUCAACUCUGUCACAGAAAAGUUUGCCGUCAAUGGAACUGGAAUCCCAGAAGUCGAUUUCGACGUAGGCGAGUCGUACGCGGGCCUUUUGCCAAUCAGCAACAAGACCGAUGAAAAAGACAAGAUGUUCUUCUGGUUCUUCCCAACCGUCAAUGAAGAGCACAAGGAUGAUAAGGAAAUCGUCAUCUGGCUCACCGGCGGUCCCGGCUGCUCGUCUCUCAUUGCCUUGCUCCAAGAAAACGGCCCCUUUUCCUGGCAACCUGGAACCUUGAAGCCGAAGCGCAACCCUUGGAGCUGGCACCUUCUCACCAACGUCGUCUGGAUCGAGCAACCGAUCGGCACGGGCUUUUCCGAGGGCGAACCCAGCAUCACCAAUGAGGACGAGCUAGCGGCCCAGUUCAUGGGUUUCUGGCGCAACUUUGUCGACGUUUUUGGCUUGCAUGGCUGGCGUGUCUACAUCGCCGCGGAGUCGUAUGGCGGCUUCUACGGUCCAUACAUCUCGAGCCACUUCAUUGAUGCCAACGACACGGAUCAUUACAAUCUGGCAGGCCUGAUAAUUUACGACGGAGCUACAACUGUCGAAACUGUCCAAUACUACCUCCCGAUUCUGCCCUACAUCUCUCGCCACGCAUCUGAGUUUGCUCUUGAUGACAAUACGUAUCUUACGUUUCCUCCAUCAGGCACGCAGCCCAUCAUUGAUCCUGUAACGGGCAUGCUGCCCAACGUCACGUCCAUUACAAACACGACUUGUAUCGAAACGUUGACAGAGACCGUCCAGAACGGGAUUCUCAAGACAAACCCCUGUUUCAAUAUUUAUAAUAUUCUCGACCAUUGCCCUAUGGUCUAUACCCCUAUCGACGAUCCCUAUUCCAGCAGUACAGACAAUCCUUAUUUCAACCGCGCUGACGUCAAAACGGCCAUCCAUGCUCCCGCUUCGGCUACUUGGCACUCGUGCGUUUCACCUAGUCAGGUCUUCAAACCUAACGAUAGCUCUCUGCCAUCAGGCCAGAAGCAACUCCCACGAGUCAUUGAAGCAACCCAAAAUGUCAUCUUCGCCCAUGGCGAUGCUGACUGGGUCAUUCCCAUGGAUGGUGUCCUCUUGGGCAUCCAAAACAUGACAUGGGGCGGGAAGAUGGGCUUUCAGUGCAAGCCAAAAGAUCCUUUUUAUGUUCCCCUUUACGGCUUCGACCCCUUUGGCAAUCAGACCGUGUAUUACGCUAGUGACAUGCUAGCCGGGACGGGUGUUAUGGGGACAGUGCAUGAGGAGCGAGGAUUCACUUUUGUGGUGACCAAGUUGGCAGGACAUCAAGGGCCGGGAUAUGCUCCGGCUGCCUCGAUUCGACAUUUGGAGAAGCUGCUGGGGAGGGUCGACAGCCUGAGCCGAACGGAGCCGUUUACGUUGCCGGAGCUGAGGAACAUUACGCAGCUUGAGGAGCCUCUCGGGAUGGGAACUGUGCACAUCCCGGAAGGUAAGGGGUCGACAAAGCCGUUGGAGGGUUAG